GCGUUGGGCCUCUGUGCUCCCGGAGCACGGUAUAAUCUGUCUCGUACCGGCUUUCAAAUCUUGAAAUAAGUUAGGGCCUCGCCUCUCUCCUUUCCAACGGCUCUCUCUGUUUCUCUUCUUGCCGAACAACGAACCCUCUCUCUCUCUCUCUCUCUCUCUCUCUCUCUAUCUGAGCAGUCUCCAUACCCAAUCUCACGUCCCUCGAAACCACAGUUCAUCGCCAAUUGCGUUCGAUUGAUCCCAUGCUUAAACAGGUGUAUACUUGAAAGCGUGUUUCCCGAACAAGGAAAACAUGGACCGAGUUUGCGAAGAGCUGGAUGAGGCCAAACUCGAGAUCGAAAAGCUCAAGGCAGGAUACGCAACCAAAUCUGAACAGCAUGAAAACUUGAAGAAGGCUUACAAUGAGCAGCUCAGCAAACUCCAGGAAGCUAAUUCGAGGUUAGAGAAUAACGAGAGAGAACUAAUCGAAAGGGCAGAAGAAGUGUCCAUGCUGAAGAUAAUGUAUGAAGAAGUGAAGCACAACUUAGCCGAAAAGGAGUCCGUAGUCAAACGACUCAGCGUAGCAAAUGACAAGCUCCGAGCUGAAUCUGGUACAGGGUUGCAGAAAUUGGAUGAGGAGAACAGAUCUCUGAUCUUAGCUGCUGAAGAAGCCAACAUGAAGUGCGAGGACCGGGAGAGAAAGAUCAAGUCCCUCGAAGAAGAGAAUAACAGCUUGAAGGGACUGUUGGAUUCAUCUCAUAAGAAGUGUUCAGAAGCGGAGCACAGAGCAAGGGCACCGAAAGAGCUGAGAGACAGAGAUGACGCGAUUUUCAAUCUAGAGGAGGAAGUCAGGAAGCUCAAGGAUGGGCUGAAAUGGAAGACGGAGCAGUUUAAGCAUCUUGAGGAAGCCUAUGUGAAGCUUCGGGACCAGUACCGUACUGAAAAGAAAGAGUGGGAGUCGGAGAAGUCUACUCUUCUAGAUGAGAUGGGUUCGUUGCAGGAGAGGUUAGACUCUCAGAUCCGAAUCUCGGAAGAUCUUGGGAAAAAGUUGGAAAUGUGCAACCGAGCCUUAGCCCACGAAGAAGGGAGGAGGAAGGCUCUGGAAGUUCAGCUUUCCGACUUUAAGAAGCAGUUCGAAAAUGUUUUUGCAGAGUGCGAAGAAGCAAAGUUUCAGUUGGAGAAUGUGAUGGGCAGUCGGGAUGAGGAAAUCGCGAGUCUGAGACAUUCAUUGAGCACAAAAAUGGCAAUAUAUAAAGAAGUUGAGUACCGAGCGAUCCAAUUGGAAACGGAAAACAAGGAGUUGUUAGCAUCGCUCAAGGAGCUCCGUGAAGCACAAAUUUGUGAAGGGGGGAAUUCGUUGGCGAAGCUGAAGAACAGGCUCAAGACUGUUGAGCAGACGCAUAGAGACUGUUCAUCGAAUCUUCGAGCUAAAGAAGCCGAGUGGAGCUCGAAAGUGGAGAAAUUGAUGACCGACCUCAAUGAGUGCAGGUUCGAGUUGGCUUCUAAGGGGAAUGAAUUAGAAGAGGCUGAGAAGGAAUUAGAACGCUCCGAGUCCUCGCUGAUGAAUCUUAUGGUGGAGAAUGAGGAGAUCCAUUUGAUGCUAUUGGUGUUGAAGUCGGGAAUUUAUGAAGCUCAGACAAAGCUGCAAGGACAAGUAAUGGAAGACAAGGCUUCUCUAUUGACGAAGCAGCUCGAGACAAAGAACGAGGAUUUGGCCGCUGCCCAGAGAGAGGUCAUAGAGGAGCACAAGAAGAUGAAAGCGCAGCUUGAGAGGCACAAGGAAAUCCUCGAGGAGGCAUUACAGAUGGAAAGUGCCUCGGAAGAAAUUAUUCGAGUAGCUUACGAGACCUUGGACAGGACAAAUGCUGAGCUCGCAGAGAAGAUCUGUGAAGCGAAUGAGACUGAGUUCGAGUUGCAGAUUUGGAAAUCAACUGCUGAACGUCUUAGGAUUGACCUCGAAGAGAGCCAGUGCCUGCGCAAGGAAAUAGAGGCUUCGCUUCUCGCUCAAGCGGAGGUUGAGGAUGCAAUGAAGCGGGAGACGGCCAACCUUACUGAGAUGUUGGCCGAAAGAGACAGAAGGAUAGGUUAUCUAGAGCAGAAGAUUGUCCUGACAGAGCAAGAAAUAAAUAAGGGAGCAUCAGGAGAGAACCCGGAGGACGUAAUCUUUGAGGAUAUGUUGAGGGAAGCAUUUCAAAGAGAGCUUGAAGGUACAAUGGUAGCACAGAUAAGCACCGAGAGGGCAUUUGAGCGCGAGAGGAAUGAACUUUUCGAGCUUAUGGAAGCGAAGGACCAGAGGAUAAAGGACCUGCUGCACACGAUGAUCUCUCUGGAGCAGAAGUUUGACAGCUCAUCAUUUUCAUUCUCUUCACAGCUUGCCGAGAAGCUGGCGGAGAUCGACUUGCUCCAUGAAGCCUGGGACAGGAUCACUGCAACCGAGAUUCUCGCCGAGCUAGAGACCGAGGAGAAGAAGAUGAUGGUCGGUGAGUUGGAGAAUGAGGUGAAUGCCCUUAUAAGCAAGCUGGAGUCUCAGGGAGAGUCCUUGUUGGACUCGAAGAAGAAAGCCGAGGAAGUCGAAGCAGCUCUGGAAGCCAAAGAACUGGAAAUGAGGAAGUUGGCUUGUGAGGCAGAGACGAGGCUGAAGAGCUCAAGGGCGCUGAUCGACGAGCUCAAGGUGGAAAGGGCCAAUCUACUCGGAGAAAGGGAGAGCCUUCUGGGAUUCGUCAAGGGGCUCGAUGACACCAUUGGCGAGUGCUGCAACGAGGACAUGGUUCUGAUGGAAAGGUUAAGGAAUUGCCUGAGGGAGGACACUGAGACCGUCGACCCUCUGAAGGAGAAUGCAAACGGCCAUUAUUUGGGAGCCGUGAAGAGAUACGAAGUCACCUCGAACGGGAGAUCUCCCUUCCGGGAGCUUAACAGCUAGUUCUUCUCGCCGAAGUUGCUACGGCUUCUCAGGGAAGAUCUUCCUUUGGAAAUCUGCAACUCGCAACCAAUUCUUUCACCACCGACUUGUCCUAUGAUUUUCUCUGUAGUUUCGUGAUGAAUAUUGCAUUCAUUUCAUUCUGAGGUAGCUCUCAUCUGUUUGUAAACGAGCUACAUCUGCUCAGCUUGUUAGCAGAAGUAUGCCGGUUGUACUUUACUUAUAUCGUGCUAUCUCUUCUCGAAGUUUUUUUUUUUCCUUUUCUGUGCCAAGAUUCGAGUGUAUUACUUCAAAAUGUUAGAUCGAUCCAUUCAGACAGCUUCAGGCAA